CAUACAGAAAUAGAACGAAGAGGGGUAGGUUGUUAGAAAGUUAAUGGCUUGGGGGAAAGAGAAUCUCUUCUCGCUUCGGGAGAGUUUGAGGAUUUUUCUGAAGUAAAACGUGAUCAUUUUGUAACGAUACAACCCCAAAGAAAGCGAAAGGACAACGUUACCUUCACGAUAUAAACAUCUUAUUUAGGAAAGUAUGCAGGAUGCUGUAGCCGGGACGGCAAUGCUGACGGACGGCUUCGAGGACGAGAUUGACUCGGUGACUCCGCGCUCCCCUGCGCUGGGGAUGGGGGUUGGAGCCACACCAGGAGCCGGACUGGGAGGCCUCGGCAUCGGCGUCGGUGGCAAGAAAGUGCGGCUGUUUGGCGAGGCUGGCGGGCCCGCGGCAGCAGACAGACUCGACUUUAAACUCACAGCGGCCGCGGUUCUCUCCUCGGGCCCCGGAUCCGGCAGCGACGAGGAUGAGGUUUCUGAGGUGGAGUCUUUCAUCUUGGACCAGGAAGACCUGGAUAACCCUGUGCUAAAGACGGCGUCAGAGCUGCUCCUCUCCAGUGCAGCAGACGGAGCAGACCUCAGAACAGUAGAUCCAGAAACACAGGCCCGGUUGGAGGCGUUACUAGAAGCAGCAGGCAUUGGUAAACUCUCCACUGCUGAUGGCAAAGCCUUCGCAGAUCCUGAGGUUCUCCGCCGCCUGACGUCAUCAGUGAGCUGCGCGCUGGACGAAGCUGCCGCCGCCCUCACCCGCAUGAGGGCAGAAAACACACUUAACGCCAGCCAGGCAGACAAUCUGGUUAUUUUUAGCCGUAGCCUGGCUGAGGCCUGCUCCGACGGAGAUGUGAACGCGGUGAGGAAGCUGCUGGACGAGGGCCGCAGCGUCAACGAGCACACAGAAGAGGGAGAGAGCCUGCUGUGUCUGGCCUGCUCCGCUGGAUACUAUGAGCUUGCACAGGUCUUGCUGGCAAUGCACGCGAACGUUGAGGACAGGGGCAUCAAAGGCGAUAUCACGCCUCUCAUGGCUGCUGCCAGUGGCGGUUACGUAGACAUUGUCAGACUACUCCUGAUGCAUGGAGCAGAUGUCAACGCACAGUCCUCAACAGGUAACACCGCGCUCACGUAUGCAUGUGCGGGAGGCUUCCUCGACGUGGUCAAAGUUCUGCUGAAGGAAGGAGCCAACAUUGAAGAUCACAAUGAGAACGGCCACACGCCUCUAAUGGAGGCGGCCAGUGCGGGCCACGUGGAGGUGGCACGUGUCCUCCUUGAGUAUGGCGCCGGGAUCAACACACACUCCAACGAGUUCAAAGAAAGCGCACUCACACUGGCCUGCUACAAAGGGCACUUGGACAUGGUGCGGUUUCUCUUGGAGGCAGGAGCUGACCAGGAGCACAAGACAGAUGAGAUGCACACAGCCCUUAUGGAAGCCUGCAUGGAUGGGCAUGUAGAAGUGGCGCGGUUGCUCUUGGACAGUGGUGCACAGGUUAACAUGCCAGCAGAUUCGUUUGAGUCUCCACUGACACUAGCAGCUUGCGGCGGGCAUGUGGAGCUGGCAGCAUUGCUGAUCGAAAGAGGGGCCAACCUCGAAGAGGUCAACGAUGAGGGCUACACUCCUCUCAUGGAGGCUGCACGUGAAGGCCAUGAGGAGAUGGUAGCUCUGCUUUUGGCACAAGGUGCCAACAUCAACGCUCAGACAGAGGAGACGCAGGAGACUGCGCUGACUCUGGCCUGCUGCGGUGGCUUCUUAGAGGUGGCCGACUUUCUCAUCAAAGCUGGAGCGGACAUUGAGCUCGGCUGCUCCACUCCUCUCAUGGAGGCUGCGCAGGAGGGUCAUCUGGAGCUGGUCAAGUACCUGCUUGCUGCUGGAGCUAAUGUCCACGCCACUACAGCCACGGGGGACACGGCACUGACGUAUGCCUGUGAAAACGGACACACAGACGUUGCCGAUGUGCUGCUUCAGACUGGGGCUGACCUGGAACAUGAGUCAGAAGGUGGAAGGACACCACUGAUGAAAGCAGCUAGAGCAGGACACCUCUGCACUGUACAGUUCCUAAUCAGUAAAGGUGCUAAUGUGAACAGAGCCACGGCCAACAAUGAUCACACUGUGGUGUCUCUGGCCUGUGCUGGAGGCCACUUGGCCGUGGUGGAGCUGCUGCUGGCUCAUGGUGCAGAUCCCACUCACAGACUGAAGGAUGGUUCCACGAUGCUAAUUGAAGCUGCUAAGGGUGGUCACACGAACGUGGUGUCCUACCUGCUAGACUACCCAAACAACAUUUUGUCAGUCCCUGCACCGGACCUGUCCCAGCUCACGCCCCCCUCCCACGACACGUCUCAGGCACCUCGAGUUCCAUUCCAAGCCCUGGCCAUGGUGGUACCUCCCCAGGAGCCAGACAGAGUACCCUCCACUAUCGCUACGCCACCACCAGUCACAAACAAAGGUAUGUCCAAGCAGAGACUCAGCUCUUUGCAGGGCAACGCGGUGGCCACAGGGGGACUGGACGCUGACCUGUUACCACCUUUCCACCCGUACCAACCGCUGGAGUGCAUCGUGGAGGAGACGGAAGGAAAGCUGAAUGAGCUUGGCCAGCGCAUCAGUGCAAUCGAAAAGGCCCAGUUACAGUCGCUAGAGCUCAUCCAGGGCGAGCCGCUCACCAAAGACAAGAUCGAGGAGCUUAAGAAGAGCCGAGAGGAGCAGGUGCAGAAGAAGAAGAAGAUUCUGAAGGAGCUGCAGAAGGUGGAGCGGCAGCUGCAGCUCAAGACGCAGCAGCAGUUCACCAAAGAGUAUAUGGAGGCUAAGGGGAUCAAGGAGGAGCCGGGGCAGGUGGCAGGGGUGGAAGCGCCCGGCACCCCCCUGCCACUCCAAGCCACACAGCUGGGCUCCAGCACUGACGGCGAGGGCAACCUCGAUGAGGAGGACCACCAAGCGGCUCCUGCAGAUGAGGAGGACGAGGAUGACGAGGAGGAUGAUGACGAUGAAGACGAUGAGGAUGAAGACGAUGAGGAUAGAGACUACCCUGAGUUGCCGCAGGUGGACACUAUCCUUUAUCGUGAGUCUGCACAGCUGCCCCCUCCGCCGCCGCCUCAGCCCCACACCAUGCAAGGCCCCACGCCUCCCCCUUUGCAGACCAGCUUUGUCCCCAUUCAGCCCUUGGCAGCACAGCAGUCCACAGACUUCAGCAGUGCAGAGUACCCAGGCAGCAGCAGCCCGGACCUGCAGAGAGUGAUGUUGGGCCAGCCGUUGUCAGGCCUGGGGCCUGGCCUUCUCGCACAGGCGCCCGAUGGCCUUAUGGUGGCCACGCCCGCACAGACGCUCACAGACACGCUGGAUGACAUCAUGGCAGCAGUGAGCAGCAGAGUGCCUAUGUUAAACACUACGACCUCACCUAUACCUCAGUCCACAACACAGACGCCCAUCAACACUGUCUCUUCACCCUCCAUGCUCCCGCUCUACCCGUCCGUUGACAUCGAUGCACAUACGGAGAGCAAUCAUGACACUGCUCUGACUCUGGCCUGUGCUGGAGGCCAUGAAGAGCUUGUGUCAGUGCUCAUUGCACGCGGGGCCAACAUUGAGCACCGGGACAAGAAGGGGUUUACUCCUCUGAUCCUGGCGGCCACCGCGGGUCAUGUUGGUGUUGUUGAGAUCCUCCUCGACAAAGGAGGAGACAUCGAGGCUCAGUCCGAGAGGACCAAAGACACCCCUCUCUCCUUGGCCUGUUCAGGUGGCAGGCAAGAGGUGGUGGAACUGUUGCUGCUCCGCGGCGCUAACAAGGAGCAUCGUAACGUGUCAGACUACACACCUCUUAGCCUAGCUGCCUCAGGGGGCUACGUCAAUAUAAUAAAAAUCCUCCUCAAUGCUGGAGCUGAGAUUAACUCCAGGACGGGCAGCAAGCUGGGCAUCUCUCCUUUGAUGCUAGCAGCCAUGAACGGUCACGUACCAGCAGUAAAGCUGCUGCUGGACAUGGGCUCGGACAUCAACGCUCAGAUUGAGACCAACCGAAACACAGCACUGACGCUGGCCUGCUUCCAGGGAAGGGCAGAGGUGGUCAGCCUUCUGCUGGACCGCAAGGCUAACGUUGAGCACCGCGCUAAGACGGGACUUACCCCUCUUAUGGAGGCUGCGUCUGGUGGCUAUGCAGAGGUAGGCCGAGUGCUGCUGGAUAAAGGAGCAGAUGUCAACGCCCCGCCUGUCCCCUCGUCCCGUGACACCGCCCUGACCAUUGCUGCAGACAAGGGCCACUACAAGUUUUGUGAGCUCCUUAUUAACAGAGGGGCACACAUUGAUGUGCGCAACAAGAAGGGGAACACUCCUCUGUGGUUGGCUGCGAAUGGCGGCCAUUUCGAUGUGGUGCAGCUACUAGUGCAAGCUGGGGCCGACGUGGAUGCAGCAGAUAACCGCAAGAUCACCCCUCUCAUGGCAGCAUUCCGUAAGGGUCAUGUGAAAGUGGUGCAGUACUUGGUGAAGGAGGUGAAUCAGUUCCCCUCAGACAUCGAGUGCAUGAGAUACAUCGCCACAAUCACAGACAAGGAGAUGCUUAAGAAGUGUCAUCAGUGCAUGGAGACCAUUGUCAAAGCCAAAGACCAACAGGCUGCUGAGGCGAACAAGAAUGCCAGCAUUCUGCUGAAGGAGCUUGAUCUUGAGAAGUCUCGUGAAGAAAGUAAAAAACAAGCUCUGGCAGCAAAGAGAGAGAAACGUAAAGAGAAACGCAAAAAGAAGAAGGAGGAGCAAAAGAAAAAACUAGAAGAAGAAGAGGCAAAAGUGAAGGAUGUGUUUUCAGAGGCACAGGACCUGAAGGAGGACUCUGCUGAAGAGGUGGAGGUCCCUAUUGAGCCCCCAAGCGCCACUACAACCACUACCAUUGGCAUCUCUGCCACCUCCACCACCUUCACCAAUGCUUUUGGCAAGAAGCGAGCCAACGUGGCCACCACACCCAGCACCAACCGCAAAAAUAAAAAGAACAAGACCAAGGAUUCACACAAUGAACCCAUCAUACUCCAAGAUCCUCAGGUGGCGCUGGCGCAGCAGAAGGCUGACAAAAACAAGAUCCAUGGUGAACCCAGAGGUGGUGGGGCGCCGGGAGGCACCAGUGACUCAGACAACCUAGACAGCACUGACUGCAACAGUGAGAGCAGCAAUGGCAGUAAAAGCCAUGAAAUGGCUGACCUACCUUCCUCAUCGUCCUCUUCAUCUUCAUCUUCGGCCCCAACAGGGCCCAGCCUGCCUCCACCUGCAACUGAGAAGCGGCAGGGCCUAUCGCUGCCCUGUUCCCGGGAGGAGAAAGUUACUGUGUCCAUCUCAAAACCACAACAAAGAGCUCAUGAAGUCAUUAGUGAUCUGCCUUCCAGCUGCUUGCCCUCUUCGCUCAAGACCAUUUCACUGCCAGUCACUUCACCCAACAGCAAAAUGAACCUCACAAGCCCCAAGAGGGGACAGAAGAGAGAGGACGGAUGGAAAGAGGUUGUUCGAAGGUCAAAGAAGCUCUCAGUCCCGGCCUCUGUGGUGUCUCGAAUCAUGGGCAGAGGUGGCUGUAAUAUCACAGCCAUUCAAGACGUGACGGGUGCACACAUAGAUGUUGACAAACAGAAGGACAAAAAUGGCGAGAGAAUGAUCACAAUCAGAGGUGGCACAGAGUCAACACGGCAUGCUGUCCAACUGAUCAAUGCAUUGAUCCAGGACCCUGCCAAAGAGCUAGAGGACCUGAUUCCUCGCAACCACAUUCGCCAGCCUGGCACCAACACCAAAAUUGGCUCCACCUACACCACCUCCACGGGAGCCACGAGCACCACUGCAGCCACUUCAAAAGGCCUGCCGUCGGUUGUGCCCUCCUCCAACGUGUCUUUUCAGUCCUCCUCUAACUCCAGCUCGCAGCAAGCAAGCAAAAUUGGCAAAAAUAUGCCGCCUGGUGUCAGACCCCCCUUCGUCUCUCUGCCACCACUGGCCUACACGCAUCCUCAGCUGGCUAUCUUGGCAGCUCAGACCAUGCACCAGAUUCGUCACCCACGUCUGCCCAUGGCACAGUUCGGCGGCACCUUCUCUCCCUCACCGAACACGUGGGGCCCGUUCCCUGUGCGUCCUGUGAGCCCUGGCAGCGCUAACAGCUCACCCAAACACACCGGCAGUGCUGCCCCACGUCCUUCUAACUCUACCCCUGCUACCGCUGAGCACCCUGCCCCAGUGUCAACUUCUGCUGUCGCUCCUGGCUCCACUGCCUCUCCCACCAACUCUGCUCCCUCAAACACCCCCACACCCACCUCAGUCCGGAAGCAGCUUUUCUCUGCUGAGCCCAAGUCCGGCACCGCACCUGCCAUCACCACCACUGCCAGCAGUUCUUCUGCUGCACAGGCUGCAUCUGUUCCCCUCAGCUGUGCUCCCACCAAUUCCACGACCCCUCCACCUCUGCCUGCCCCAAUCGCCCCACCUUCACAGCAUCCUCCAGUCCCCAAGCCAGAGCCUGCUGCCAUUGGCACACCUGCUAAAGAGAAGCCGGCUGACCUGACGGUUCCUGUUUCGAGCGCUCCAUGCGAGACCCCCAGCCCUUCAGCCCCCUUGCACUUCCCCGUGUCUCCUUCAGCACAGCCUGCGCUACCCAUGCAGACAGAAGGCAGACAGCAACUACCCCUCCCCUUCACCUCCAGCACAGAGCCCAGUUCCUCCUCCACAGCCCAGCCUGGCACUACUCUACCCGUCUCUCGUCCUGCGCCACCCACCUGCAGCAACACCCUUACCAACACCAGCAGCACCUUACCUCACUACGCCACGCCUGGAGUGUCCCCUCGGAUGCAGCCCCCGGGGCCCUACUACCCCAUGGCUCCUGGCGCUCCUCUGCAAGAGCCGCAAUCCGUGUACGUGCCCCCAGGUGCAACACAGGAACCUAUCAAACAGCAGCAGCAGCCUCCCCCUCCCAGUCUGGUUGCUGCCAGCAUGCCACCUCCCUCUCUGCAGAUAUCCUCCACCAUGAACGUAAUGAACGGCUCCCAGAUGCACCUCCACAGUGGGAAGGCUCAGUUGCCCCCGAAUUUUGGUCCUGCGGCUCUUUUCAAUCACUUCAGCAGCUUCUUUGACAGCAACCAAGUGGGCAACAACCAGGUGUGGGGAGCAUGUCAUCUUCCUGCACGCACUCCACCAGAACAGCCCUACAGUGCCCCGGCUGCCUACAUCGGAGGAAUGGGACCGAUGGAGAGCAGCAUGGCCCCUCCUGAUAGCUCCAAAGCACCAGGGUUUCGCUGUGCCUCUCAGAGAAUGGCAUCUAGCCCCAUUGGAAUGCACCCAAUGGAUCCCACUGGCAAUUCCAUCUCCUCCUCCACCGCGCUCACCAGCUUCGCCCCAAGCAUGUCGGCCAGCCCUGUGUUCCUGCCGGGCCCUGCUCCUGUCGGAACGCCCUCAUUUAGUCGUCAGCACUUCUCCCCUCAUCCUUGGAGCGCCUCUACAUCCUGUACGAGAAUAAGUGAGUCUCCUGUGCCCUCUGUAUCAUCUGGAGCAUCUUCCCCUCUGUCCACAUCCACCGUGACCCCUGCCUUGAUCCAAGCCAAGCCCAGCAGCUCUAGCCAGCAGGACCGCAAAGUGCCCCCACCUAUUGGCACAGAGCGCCUGGCUCGCAUCCGGCAGACAGGCACAGUCAACCACACAAUUCUGCCCUCCAGCUACACACCACCGGUUGGACAGGGCGGUAUCUGGUCAUAUGGAGUUGGCAGUGCCUCUGAAGGGAUGUCUGCUUGGUCUCAGCCUUUGAUGGGAGGGCCAAUGAUGCACCAGCAAUUACAGGAGCAGUCAGCAUUUUCUCAGCAUCAGGCUAUGGAGCGUGAUGACACCGGAAUUGUGGCUCCCUCCAACACCUUCCACCAGCCCAUGCCCACAAACUUCAUGGAUUUUCCAAAGGGGUUGCCGAUGUCAAUGUAUGGUGGCACGAUACUCCCUCCUCACCCUCAGAUGACUGAAGGUCCUGGAGGUCCCAUGUACAAUGGGCUUCACACCACGGACCCUAGCUGGAACCCCAUCCUGAAAGUGGUCCCUAACUCGGCUGAGAAUUCAGACCCACAGCAGGUCUGGCCUGGGACUUGGGCCCCUCAUGUGGGAAAUGUGCAUCUGAAUCAUGUCAACUAAACACACACCUAGAGACUGAGAGGCGUAGGAGCAGUAACAAGAAAUACACGUUAAAGAACAAGAUAAUUACGUAAUUACCAAAAUGUUAACCUAGGAGUGUCCCCUUUCAAAAAUUAAAAUUUAUGAAAUUUGAGAGACGGACACCUUUGAUGUGCCUAACUAAAAAGAAAGAAUCCAGUGUGGGCUUUAACGUGUUUACCACAGUCUAUGAACAAACCGAUUGCCUGUUCAACAGGAUACAUUCUCUGAGUAGUAUAGCCAUUUUGACAGUUAAGCCCCACAUAAAGUGUUCUUGGUCUGCAGGGCUCAAUAGGACAGUGCGCUAUUUAUACUCGGCCAAGAACUAGAUGAUUACAUAAAGAGAGAAAUCAGACCUUUUAGAGUGGUAAAUACAUGUAUAAUUGUUUACAUACUGAAAAAGGGUUAAAAUGAGAGUAAAUUUCAUGUCGUAUAGUGGCUCUACUUUAUGUAGCCUGUAUUAAUGUGAAAUAUUUACCUUAAUAUUCAAUAAAAAGUUGGAAAUGUU